AUGCUGGAUACUCCCCGCGGACAUCAUCACAAGACCGAGGAGUGGCAAGUGCUCGAUGGUAAAGCUGGUGGCGCACAUGCCCCGAUGAUGACCAAUGCGGAUGGUUCACGUAUUCUGAAACCUCUGGAUCAAGGCGACAGGUGCUCCAGAGAGAUCGAAGCUUACCGCAGCCUUGCUUGUUCGUCGCUGGCGCCAUUUCUUUGCGCUUGCCACGGCACUUGCAAGGUGCAAGGUGCCGAAUACAUGGAGCUGGACAGCGCCUACUUCGGCAUGACUGGAGCGACCGCCACUCUAGACAUCAAGAUUGGCAAAACGACUUGGGAGGACCAGGCAGACCCUGCCAAGAUCGCGAAGGAGUCCAAGAAGUUUGAAGAGGUUUACUCUGCAAGCAGUGCCAUGGAUGGCUUUCGCGUGGCCGGGAUGAAGGCAGGGGAACUCGUGCUAAACUCGACAAACUUGAAGGCACGUUUCAGCCUCAAGACACACGAGUUCGGAGAGUGGCUGCUACCGGGCUUCGUGGCCUCAGCACCUGGCUUUGGACCUCUGCCGGAGGGCAGCGCUGGUAUGUGUCGCCCGGACAGCCGAGGUUGCGAACUUGACAUGAAGGCGGCUACAGAGAUUCUCGCGAAGCUUAAGGCCAUCAGCGCGGCGGCCGAGCAAGGCUUUGGAGGAACGUUGAGAGCAGCCAGCCUUCUUCUCACGCGAGAGAUGCGACCGGGCGGUCAUUGGGCAGUUCACCUGAUAGAUUUGGCACACUACACGGAGACAGCUGAGAAACGGGAUGACAACUUCUGCGAUGGUUUGCAGAAUUUGGUCCGCACGUGGGAAGAAUGGUGUGCGGCAGAUCCCCCACAGUCUUGGUUCACCGUCUGUUGCUUUGCACGCAAGUGA